AUGAAGUUUGCCACUGUCUUAGCCGGUCUUUUCGCCUCUGCGUGUGUGUCUGCUGCGCCUGCAAUUGACCCCAAUGUCGCCAAAGAGCUCAUCAAGUUCCCCGUUGAAUAUACACUUGUGGAGUACCCCGACGUGGGAGCCAGAGAUGUGGCUGAGUUCAACAACGGAGACACCAUCACGUUGCAGUACUCCGUAAGCAACCAGGAGGAUAAGGAGGUGUCUUUGGUCGGAGUGGGUGGCAGUUUCCGUGACCCCACCAACAACCAGAUCAAGACCAACUUGACGGCAGCUGCCAUUGGUCCCUAUGUGUUGGCACCAGGCCAAUCGCAAACCUUCGUGCAGAAGGUGCCCUUGAACUUAAUUCCCGACAACUACUUGUUGACACCUGAGGUGUAUGUGUUCUACAACGAUGAGAUGAAGGCCCUCUCGAUUAGAGGCCAGUUGGCAGUUGUGAGCGACGUGACCAUCUCGUUGUUCAACCCACAAUUAUUGUUCUUGGAGCUUGUUUUGGCCGCCACUGUUGCUGGAUUGGCCUAUGUGGCCUACCAGAUCUGGGGUGCCAGCUACUUCGCUGGCACUGCUCCUGUGGCUCCUAAGAUCAGAAAGACCGCGAGUGGUUCCACCGUUGUUUCCGAUGCUGCCUGGUUGCCAGAUGUGCAUGUCAAGCAGAAGAAGUCCAAGAAGGUGGACUAA